UCAGCUCCCCGGCUUGGGGAAGGGGAGAGCCCCACUGAGCCUCCCACUUAAACCUGGGGCUUUUGCGUGAGCAGGGAGGGGUCCCUUCUCUUCUGGCCCCCAUCCUGUGCGCAUGGACCUUGUCUCCCUUGCUGAGUCGCCUGUGUCUGGGCGAGUGGGUAUGUUGUGUGUCUAGAUCUGCUUGUGUGUUUUUUGUCACUGUUUCUGGGACUUGCCUGUGUGUGUGUCCUUUCUCACGUGUGGGACUUGCCUGCGGGUAUGUGUGUGUCUGGGUGUGUGUCCUGAGGCUCUGUGUGAGUCCUUCCAACUAUGUGUGAACCAUGUCUUGGUGUGUUCUUUGUUACUAGACUCCCCCUAUGUGUUGGAUUAAGUAUGUGAGUGUUCCUGUGUGUCUCAAGGGUCCUGCGUUGCACACUGGGUGUGUCAUGGUGACCCACCAACCAUUUGACCUGUUAAUCGAGGUAGCCCCCGAUAUCGGGGUGCCAGUCUACCAGGCUAAUAUGUGUGUAUGAAUAUGUGCACACACGCAUGUAGUUCUGUUCCUCUGUGACUGAGCCACCGUGAUCAGGCUGACCUGGUCACCAAGGGAGGGGACUGUUCCCUUGGGUUUCCUUCUUCCUUCUGUGGACUGAGGUGGGGCGUGGCAGACAGACCGGCAAAGGGCAGCUCUGUGUGCGUGUGUGUGUGUGUGUGUGUGUGUGUGUGAUGUUGAGGUGUUUGGUCAGCCACUACCUGGCUGUGGGGUGGUGUAAAGGAUCCGGUGUGUGACGGGGCUGUGGCUGGGGGUGAGUCCGUGGCGGUGUGGGGUUACGAUGUGAGCGGAUGACUGGUGGGAGACUCACAGUCUGACUGUAUGAAACUGCAAGUGCGUGUGCUCGGGGAGUGACCGUGAUUGUGGGGAACUGAGAGUGCCUGGGCAUGGGUGUCGGUGGCAUUAGGGGGUGUGACAAGGUGUGUGGUGCCUGUGCCCUGGGUGACAGUGCCGGGGGCGGGGUGAGAACCCAAUCAUGAGCGUGAGGUGGACUGCCAGGGUGUGAGUGUGCACACAGCAGGCCCCAAGCCAGGCCCUGGCUCCUGGGUAGUCUGGGAAGGCCCAGGCCCCAUACUUUGCCAUCCUCUGCUCUCCCAAGUUGACACACACCGGGGGAAAGUCUUGGGGUUUGUAGUGUUGUAACUAAGACCUCGGGCUCUGGAACCAGAAAAGACUUAGGCUCCAAUACUUGCUGGGCAUCUUAAGAGCAAAAGAUUCAGCUAGGCCUCUCUGAGGCUCAGUUUCUUUAUGUGCAGAAUGGAGAAGGUCGUCCUGAGGACUGGCGGUCCCGUGUCAGGGGUCCUUUAUCACCGCAUUGGCCUUUAAUGAAUGUUCAGCACAUAUUAAGUCUUAUUUAGCCACCGCCUCUCCAGCUGUAUGACUCCCAUUCUCCUGGGAGUGGGGCUAAUGGAAGCCCAGACAGUCACCAACCCAAUUUCCUGCCUGGGAUGUGUCCAUUGAUGUUAUCUUCCCACCUCCUUGACCAGGCUGCUUGUGGGAGGAAGCAGAGGCUGACAGAGCCCCUAGCACUCAGCCCUGUUCGGCCCCACCCCUAGUUUCAGCAGCAGCGAAGGGAUGGGGGGUCAUUCCGACCUGUGACUGCAGGGUACUGACACCGUUUAGCUGGCACAGCUAAUUGAAGUUUAAAUUGAAAUUAGAAAUAAUUUAAAGUACAGACAAAAAGAUAAAGCCUGAGGAUACAUUAGCCCCUAGGGAGUGCUGAUGGGGUCUCUAGCUGGGAGAGGGACUCACAUCUGGGGAGGGGCAUCUUUUGUAGGUGCCUGGCCGGCAGAAAAAGGAGACCAGGGCCUCUUUGCUGCCUUUGCCAUCCAUUCCUUUCAGGAUAAUUCUGGGCCUUAGUUUCCUCAGCUGUAUAAUGGGUACAUCAAUAAUUGAGAAUAUCCAGAGCUACAAGGUACCAAACAAGGAAUGAAAAAGUGUUACUAUUCAUUUGAUACUCCCAAUAUGAGUCUAGCAGAGGACUGGGCAUGUCUCAUCAUUGGAGCCUCAGAACCACCCAGGGAAAUGUGUACCAGCAUUCUUCCCAUUUUGAAGAUGAGGAAAACUGAGGCUCAGAGGAGUUGCUCGAGACCACAGAGUAGGGGUACCUGAUUGCUUCCUAGGCCCCCCAAAGCCUGCAGGGUCAGGAACGGCUCUCUUGUGUAUGCCCUAUGGCUUCCCCACCAGGCUGGAAACACUCGGAGGGCAGGAACACAGUGUUCCACCCCCAGCGUGGAAUGGACAUAUCACCGUUGCCCAGGAAAUGUUGGGCCCACUACCCCAUUUCACAGAAGAGGAAGCCGAGUCCAGAGAGGCCUGAGGUUUCAGAGCCAGGCAAGGAUGAGCUGGGCCUAUGUCAGCCAUGCUGGGGCUGACCGAUGGGGAAAGUCUGUUUGGCUGCACCUCCUGGCUCAGCUGUUUUCUCCUGUCCCUGCAGGUCUGCUGGGAACUGGCCCCGGGUGAGGGCAGCGGGCCUGCUUCUCUGGUGGUGGUUGCGUGGCGGCGGCAGCACAAGCAAGGACUAGGCUCAAGCAGGAGCUGGAAGCCACAGCCCCACCGCAGGCCCCGCCAUGGCGCCAUUCCUGCGCAUCGCUUUCAACUCCUAUGAGCUGGGCUCCCUGCAGGCCACGGAUGAGGUGAACCAGCCCUUCUGUGCCGUGAAGAUGAAGGAGGCACUCAGCACAGAGCGAGGGAAGACACUGGUGCAGAAGAAGCCGACCAUGUAUCCUGAGUGGAAGUCAUCGUUUGACGCCCACAUCUAUGAGGGCCGCGUCAUCCAGAUUGUGCUGAUGCGGGCGGCCGAAGACCCAGUGUCCGAGGUGACCGUGGGCGUGUCGGUGCUGGCCGAGCGCUGCAAGAAGAACAACGGCAAGGCCGAGUUCUGGCUGGACCUUCAACCCCAGGCCAAGGUGUUGAUGUCAGUGCAAUAUUUCUUGGAAGACGUGGAUUGCAAGCAGUCUAUUCGGGGUGAGGACGAGGCCAAGUUCCCUACAAUGAACCGCCGUGGAGCCAUCAAACAGGCCAAAAUCCACUACAUCAAGAACCACGAGUUCAUUGCCACCUUCUUUGGGCAACCCACCUUCUGUUCUGUGUGCAAGGAAUUCGUCUGGGGUCUCAACAAGCAAGGCUACAAAUGCAGGCAAUGCAAUGCUGCUAUCCACAAGAAAUGUAUCGACAAGAUCAUCGGCCGGUGCACUGGUACCGCGGCCAACAGCCGGGACACCAUGUUCCAGAAAGAACGCUUCAACAUUGACAUGCCACACCGGUUCAAGGUGUACAACUACAUGAGCCCCACCUUCUGUGACCACUGUGGCAGUCUGCUCUGGGGGCUGGUGAAGCAAGGAUUAAAGUGCGCAGACUGUGGCAUGAAUGUACACCACAAGUGCCAGAAGAAGGUAGCCAACCUCUGCGGUAUCAACCAGAAGCUCUUGGCUGAGGCACUGAACCAAGUCAGCCAGUCUCUGGCCCCUCCCCAGAGAUCCUCCCGCAGGUCGGAUUCAGGGUCUUCAGAGCCUGUUGGGAUCUACCAGAGUUUCGAGAAGAAGCCAGGGCUUUCUGGGUAUGAUGGCCCAGACAACAGCGGGACCUAUGGCAAGAUCUGGGAGGGCAGCACCAGGUGUACCAUUGAGAACUUCACCUUCCACAAGGUCCUGGGCAAAGGCAGCUUCGGAAAGGUGCUGCUUGCAGAGCUGAAGGGCAAAAAGGAAUUCUUCGCUAUCAAGGCCCUUAAGAAGGACGUGGUUCUGAUUGAUGAUGACGUGGAGUGCACCAUGGUGGAGAAGCGGGUGCUGGCACUCGCAUGGGAGAACCCCUUUCUCACCCAUCUGUUCUGCACCUUCCAGACCAAGGACCACCUGUUUUUUGUGAUGGAGUUCCUCAACGGGGGGGACCUGAUGUACCACAUCCAGGACAAAGGCCGCUUUGAACUCUACCGCGCCACGUUUUAUGCAGCCGAGAUCCUCUGUGGCCUGCAGUUUCUCCACAGCAAAGGAAUCAUCUACAGGGACCUCAAGCUGGACAAUGUGAUGCUGGACCGGGACGGCCACAUCAAGAUUGCUGACUUUGGAAUGUGCAAGGAGAACGUAUUUGGGGAGAACCGGGCCAGCACCUUCUGUGGCACUCCUGACUACAUUGCUCCCGAGAUCCUGCAGGGCCUGAAGUACUCCUUCUCCGUGGACUGGUGGUCCUUCGGGGUCCUUCUCUAUGAGAUGCUCAUUGGCCAGUCUCCCUUCCACGGUGACGAUGAGGAUGAACUCUUCGAGUCCAUCCGUGUGGACACGCCACAUUACCCCCGCUGGAUUACCAAGGAGUCCAAGGACAUUCUGGAGAAGCUGUUUGAACGGGACCCACCCAGGAGGCUGGGAGUGACAGGGAACAUCAAAAUCCACCCCUUCUUCAAGACCAUCAACUGGACUCUGCUGGAGAAGCGGCAGGUGGAGCCACCCUUCAAGCCCAAAGUGAAGUCACCUGGGGACUAUAGCAACUUCGACCAGGAGUUCCUGAAUGAGAAGGCACGGCUCUCCUACAGCGACAAGAACCUCAUCGACUCCAUGGACCAGACGGCGUUUGCUGGCUUCUCCUUUGUGAACCCCAAAUUUGAGCACCUCCUGGAAAAUUGAGGUCCUUAGCCAUGGUGCCCAACCUGCCCUAGCCAGGAAGCCCCAGCCAGCCAGUGCUGCGCGCACCCAGGCAGAGCAGGCUGCACCCCUACCCCUUCAUCUGCACUUACCCCCACCCCCACGAUAAGCAACAGUGUGAUUGUCGUGACUUCUGCUGCUGGUCCUCCCUCCCACUCCCAGAGGGGCCUUGGCUCUGCCUGGCUGGGGUCUUGUCGUACUGCCUCUGUGAACUGUGUGUGAAUUUGCCUUUCCUCUGCCCUCAGAGGGAAAUUGUAAAUCCUGUGUUUCAUUACUUGAAUGUAGUUAUCUAUUGAAGAUAUAUAUAUAUAUAUCUAAUAGGCUGUAUAUAUUGCUCAGUAGGGAGAUAACAUGUGGGGGACUGGUGAUUUGUUGAUCUUUUUUUAAAAAAUAUAUAUGACAAAAAAAAAAGAAAAAGCACAAGCUAUUCGAGCCACCAGGCUCUUUUAUUUGUGUGUCUAAAUAAACAAGAAAUGGUACCAACCUA